CCGCCAUCUUGGCGCGGCGAUGCGGGCGCGGGCCGCCCGCGGGGUGUGCGGGCUCCGCGGGGCCUCCCCGGGGGAGGGCCGGGAGGACACCGGCGUCCGCCUCCGAAACAGCCGCCACCCCGAAGGCCUGCAGCCCCUCCUCCUCCCGAGGCCCCCCCGACCCGCCUCCUGGUACAGCUGUGGGCCAACGGUCUAUGACCACGCGCACCUCGGGCACGCUUGUUCCUAUGUGAGAUUCGAUAUAAUUCGCAGAAUCCUGACCAAGAUUUUUGGAAUCAGCUUUGUCACGGUGAUGGGGAUUACCGACGUAGAUGAUAAAAUAAUUAAAAGAGCCAAAGAGUUGAGUAUAUCCCCAAUUGCGCUUGCCCGCCUUUAUGAAGAGGAUUUUAAAGAAGAUAUGGCCGCCCUAAAGGUUCUGCCACCCACAGUGUAUAUGAGAGUGACUGAAAAUAUUCCUCAGAUCAUUUCUUUUAUUGAGGGAAUAAUUGCUAAUGGCCACGCUUAUUCAACCAAUCGAGGUAAUGUUUAUUUUGAUCUUAAGGCUAGAGGAGACAAGUACGGAAAAUUAGUUGGCGUGACCUCUGACUCAAGGGAAGAGCCAGCAGCAGCCGAUGGCGACAAGCGGCACCCCAGCGAUUUUGCCCUGUGGAAGGCAGCCAAGCCUCAGGAAAUAUUCUGGACGUCUCCCUGGGGAAAGGGCAGACCCGGCUGGCACAUCGAGUGCUCCACGCUAUCGAGUUUGAUAUUCGGAAGUCAGCUGGAUAUCCAUUCGGGUGGAAUAGAUUUAGCUUUUCCACAUCACGAGAACGAAAUCGCCCAGUGUGAGGCGUAUCAUCAGUGCAGUCAGUGGGGCAACUAUUUUCUACAUUCUGGGCAUUUACAUGUUAAAGGAAAAGAGAAAAUGUCCAAGUCACUAAAGAACUACAUUACCAUUAAGGACUUUCUGAAAAAAUUCUCUCCGGAUGAAUUCCGCCUCUUUUGUAUGCGCAGCAAUUAUAGAUCAGCAAUAGAAUACAGCGACGACAGCAUGCAGGAAGCAAGGCACCUCCUCCUGGGAAUGUCCUCUUUCAUCAGUGAUGCCAGUGAUUAUAUGAGAGGGCAGCUUCUCUGCAAUGCCAUCCGGGAAGAUAUCCUGUGGGAAAGACUAGCCAGCACCAAAGCGAAUAUAAAGGCCGCACUUGCAGAUGACUUUGACACCCGCAGGGCUGUGGAUGCCAUUAUGGACCUCAUUCGCCAUGGCAACAGCCAGCUUACGGCUGUUACCAAGGAAACGGGUUCCCCCAGAAGCCCCACCGUCUACGGCUCCAUCAUCUCCCUCGUCCAACAGUUUUGCGACACGUUUGGGAUCUCUCUGGCCGGCGGCCAGUUUGUGUCAGAACAGGGGAGCUCGGCCACGCUGCAGAGGGUGGUAGACCAGCUGGUCCAGUUCCGGCUGCAGGUGCGAACGUACGCCCUGGCCUUGCCCGAGGCCCCGCCCGACGGGUCCGACGCCCUCUCGCCCGACGACGCCGAGCGGCAGCGGAAAGAACAAAGGCAUCGGAUGCUGCGGGAGAGGACCCCGCUCCUCCAGGCUUGCGAUGCCCUCCGCCGGGACCUGGCCCUCUGCGGGAUCAAUAUCAAGGACAGAGGCAACACUACUUCAACAUGGGAACUUCAGGAUCAAAGAUCCAACCCCCCACCCCCAGCACCUGGAAAACCGUUGGAUUUUAAGAAGCACUUGGAGGGUGCCAAGAACUGAAGCAACUUCUAUUUUAGCACCACAACUUGCCAUUAAAGCUCCCGUUGGCAUGGAAGACAA